AUGCUGCGAGGGACUCAGGCCAUGUCGGGCUUUCACAUACCUUUGGACACGGCGUUUCAAGGAGCAGCGGACGUAACAGGAGGUGGAGGAGGGGGUACUCCGCCCAGUGCCGCUACACCUCCCAACGAGAUGGCGGAGGCCGCAUCGCAAUGGGCUCGGCACGCAGCGUACACAGCAUCCAGAGCAGCGCAGGCAGCGCAGUAUGCUUCACAACAGGCUCAAAUGGCCACGAACUCUGCCCAGAAUGCAGUUGCCCAAGUGAGCUACUUGAUGAACAACCCGGACUUGAGAUCGGCAGGUUUGGAUGGCGUCCUCUCGGAUGGCUUAAGCAGCUCUCCGGUGCUGCUCUCCCUGUGCAUGUGCAAGGAGCUGCGGGCCAAAGGUCGAAGACUCGGGUGCACGAUCGCAUCGCCCAUGCUAACCAGCUCGCAGUACCUGGAGCUUCUCUGUUAUCCCAUGCAAGAAAUGGAAGACAUUUCAUCUGCAAAAGAUCUCGGCUCACAGGACAUCUGGGAGCCAGAUUGGAUGGUCGCUGCUACAAAAUUUGCUUUGAGGCUCCAGUCAGCUACAAUCCUGCAAGACUGGCAAAACUGCAAGCUGAAAAGCUUGACAAGAGAUCUUGCAAUCCUCGAGCGGCCCGAGCGCCAUUGGACACCCAGACUCAUGGGCCAAACCCAGAACGUUGAAGAAGGUGCUCCACCCAUCACUCCGCCUGAAGUGGAGGUGAACCGUCGGCGAAAGGACUACCUGCACCGCUUGGGGAUCCAGAAGGAUCAUGAGAAGUUUGCUGGCUACCAGCCUCCCGUUCCACCGACUGCCACCGCUGAGGCACCGGACAGGCUUCAGCACCCAGAGGAAUCGGGUGAGAAAGAGGGCGAGGAUUUUGAGAUGAACGCACUGGACUUGAAGAGUCAAGACGACUUCAGGGUGAACUUUCUCCGCAAGCUUUCCUACUCACAGGUGUGGGUGCCACAGGCGCAGAAGUCACCGCAGCAUCAAACGGUGAUCAUCUUCGACUGGGAUGACACGCUUCUGUGCACAUCAUUUCUCAAUCUCCGCCAGGAGCAUGGGCUCUCCCAUGCCGUGGAACGAUGCCUCAAGGAAAUCGAGUCGGCUUCGAAGAAGCUUCUGCAACUUGCCCAGCGCAUGGGCCACACCUUCAUCAUCACGAAUGCAAUGAGCGGUUGGGUCGAGUACAGCGCGGCUAAGUGGGCUCCGGGCAUGUUGGACGUGCUUCAGAGAAUUCGGGUCAUCUCUGCGCGCACCAAGUUUGAGCCAGAAUUUCCAGGAGAGGUGGGAAAGUGGAAAGAAAAUGCUUUCUUGGAGGUGCAAAAGCAGCUAGAUAACGAGAUCAUCACCAAUCUGAUUUCCGUAGGCGACUCGAACUUCGAGAUGGACGCCUUGCACGUGAUGGGCAAGCAGUUUGCGCAGGCCCUCGUAAAGACGAUCAAGUUCAGGGAGAACCCAUCGCCAGAAGAGCUUCUAAAGCAGUUGGAACUUGUGACGCAGAAGUUCGAGAAGAUCGUGGAGAAUGCCCGCAACCUGAAGAUUGGAUUGGAGAGAAAGUGGGUUGGGAACCCGCACGCAGCCUGA